GUCGCGGGUUCGAUCCAUUAGUUAUCCUGAUAUAGGUGUAGUCGAAAUGUCGAAUGAAAUAGGGAGUUCGUCCAAAUGACGGACGGCUGCUCAGUAGAUUCAGAUCCACAGACGGCAGGGAAGUGGCGGCCGGAACGGCGGGAAUUCACACGGGGCCGCGUGUAUCUCCGAAGGAAACACUUCCCCGCCCUUCUACUUUCACUCCAAAGCAAAGAGCGCCGAUCAACUGGUCCGUGAUCUGGUGACGAAGCUGUGAGCUUUCGACGGACUUCGCCGCUGCCGCUUUCUGCUGCGGCUGCAGAUAUUUGAUCUUUGAAAGACUGUGGAGUGGACCUAGAAAAGGGGUAAAGACAAUGGAUUUUUGGUGACUGUCCGUUGUGGCUGUUCUGAGUCUUGGUUUGUUGAGCCACUAGCCAAUAGAAGUCCCCACAAAUUGGUGGUUCCCUCAAUGAGGGAAAUCAAGCCCUUAUCAGAAGCUAGAUCUUCUACUGUCAUAUUAUUCAAGAAUCCCAAAGUCAUCGUUGCCCUUGGUUUGCUUCUCUUUGAUGCUGUGCUCACUGCGGUCAUCAUCGCCUAUGUUCCUUAUACGAAGAUUGACUGGGAUGCAUACAUGUCACAGGUGACCGGGUUUCUUGAAGGAGAGAAGGAUUACAGCAAAUUGGAAGGCGACACAGGGCCACUAGUUUACCCUGCUGGGUUCCUCUAUGUUUAUUCUGCUAUUCAGUAUGUCACUGGAGGGCAGGUGUUUGCCGCUCAGAUUCUGUUUGGUGUCUUGUACAUUGUGAACCUUGCUAUCAUCUUAUUCAUCUAUGUGAAGGCAGAUGUGCUCCCUUGGUGGGCACUUGUCUUGCUUUCUCUAUCGAAAAGGGUGCACUCUAUCUUCGUCCUUCGCCUCUUCAAUGAUUGCUUUGCAAUGACACUGCUGCAUGCUGCUAUGGCCUUGCUUCUUUACCAACGGUGGCAUCUUGGACUGAUCCUUUUCAGUGGGGCUGUUUCUGUAAAGAUGAAUGUUUUGCUUUAUGCUCCUCCAUUGCUUCUACUUAUGUUAAAGUCAAUGGAUGUCUGCGGAGUGAUAUCUGCUUUAGCUGGAGCAGCACUUUUACAGAUUCUGUUGGGGCUCCCGUUUUUACUUUCACAUCCAGCUGCUUAUAUAUCAAGGGCCUUCAACCUUGGGCGCGUCUUUAUCCACUUCUGGUCUGUUAACUUCAAAUUCAUUCCUGAACCGAUCUUUGUGUCAAAGCAAUUGGCAAUCUCUUUGUUGAUUGUUCACCUUGUAUUGCUCGCAGUUUUUGCUCACUACCGCUGGUGCAAGUUUGAAGGUGGACUGCUGAGGUUGCUGCGUUCCAGAGUGUUGUCUUUUUCUGGUACUAAGAGUUCCUCAAUGAAGAUAAAGGCAGAGCAUAUUGUCACAACUAUGUUUGUUGGCAACUUCAUUGGCAUUGUAUGCGCUCGCUCCUUACAUUAUCAAUUCUACUCUUGGUACUUCUUCAGUGUUCCUCAUCUACUAUGGACGACGCGGUUUCCCACACUAGUACGUUUGAUGUUGUUUACAGGCGCAGAGCUUUGCUGGAAUAUCUAUCCAUCAACAGUUGUUUCGUCGGCUCUGCUUUUGUUUCUCCAUUUGGUAAUCCUGUGGGGACUGUGGUCUGCAGCACCAGAGUAUCCAUAUAGAGAUGAGAAACUCUCAACACAAGAGAAAGACAAAUGAAGACGCGGGCUUGACAUAGUGAGUUGAAUGUUAUCAACUAUGACGUUGUUUUCCGAAUUCAGACAUUUUAGAUAUGACACAAUAGCUGUUAGUCUCUGAUCAGUGAAUGCUUUUCGCCAAUUUCAUCUUUUCUAUUUUAAGUUUUAUUUCCGUGAUUUUACAAUGGGUAUCAUCUUGGCGCCAAGCACCUGUUCCCCGUUUUAGCGGCACCCUUUUUUUAAGUUUUAUUUCCAUGAUUAUUAUUAUUCAUCUUAGAUAGUUUAGGAUUAUAAUUGUCCGCAUUGUUAUUAUUCCUUAUUGGUAUUCUGUUUCCUAGUUGUAGACGGUAAAGUAUUUACUCUCUAUAUAUACUUCUCAGUACCAAUUACAUCAUGGACGACGAAUGAAACUAGUUAUAUGUUUUGUGUAUUAGUAAUUUUUCGCAGUAGGUAGGCGUAACGUCAUCUAUAUCAAGCAUAAUAUCCCAACAACGUUAGGAUAUUCCGUUUCUGUACUGCAUUCAAAAGGACAGACGGAAGAACUUCCUAUCUUCCACAAGGUACAUCUACUUCUUUCUCCCAAGUUAUGGUAUUGGAGCUUUCUUCGGACUCAGAAUUGAUUUCCUGCUUUGUUUUGCUAUUUCCAGCCUUGCUUUUCAGUAAAUGGACGAGUUUUUCUGGUUUUUAUCACUUGCGCAGUUGGUUUUGACUCUUUAUUGCCCCUAAUUAGUUAGUCUAUGAUGGUACAUAGGAGGUUUUACAGUCCAGAGUUUGUAGAUAUAUAGUGGUUGUGGUGUAUAUCAUGCAAGGAUUGUACCCCUGUGUACUAGUAUCAUGUGUAUCAAUUUAAAACAAGAUUCGUAUUAAAAAUGUGGUAAUAACCAACUUUGUGUUGUCAAUCGAUGGAUUAGUGCCCCGCGAGGGUGAGAUGGACCUCAUCGUUCUUUACCUUUCUAAGAAAGCUGUCCAAGAGUUGACCCUCUGGUUCCGGAUUCUUGACACUGGGCAUUAUGAUUAUCCGAUGCAUUCUAGUCUGUUUUCUGCACUUCACCUGAAAUCCCUGGAAUUUCGGAAUUGUCAAUUUACACCACCACUUUGGUUUAACGGGUUCAGUAAGCUUACCCGUCUUCAAAUAGUUGAAUCUGCUUUGCCCCAUGAUUUCUUCCACAAUUUCCUUGCCAAGUGCCCAAUGCUUGAAUAUUUGAGUGUUGUAGAUUGGGAGGGUACUCCUGAUAACCUUGAAAUCGCGUCUCCAUCACUCAAAUCCUUAGAGUUAGUGAAGACGUGGUCCCUCAAGGUCAAGGGUAUCUGCUUCAAGGAUACUCCCCUUUUGUCAUCUGUCGAACUUUUUUUCCAUGAUACCGACACGCAUGACAUAGCAACUCUUUUUGCUUCUAUUCCAGCAAUCCAAAAGUUUGGGACACACGAUGGAUUCCUGCAACACCUUACUGCAGGUCAUAGAAAUGUCCCCUCCAGGCUUCCUUCUCCUCUUCACCAGUUACAAUUCCUCGAAACUAUCGAGCUUGACUUUGAUAGUCUGGAGUGGGAGCAUGGUUUUGUUUGUUUGAUCAUGGGUUCUCCAAACCUGCGUAGGCUCAAAAUUGAGCUGUAUCAUAGCAUGCUAGAGGAUCAGCCCACAAAGAAUGAAGUUAGCAACAUUCGGAGGUUAUUGGAAGCAGAGGGCUGCUCUGGAUCUUCUAAUUGCCUUCAACAUCUUAAAGAGUUCAUAAUUUGGGAUAGCUAUGGUACACAGGUUGAGCUGGACAUUGUGAGGUUCGUCCUAGCCACUGCCCCUCUACUUCGACUGGUUCACAUUAAAGCUGCGCAUAAUUUGAGCUCUAAAACGGUUAUGAAAUUUUCGAUGGAGGCGUUGAGAUAUAAGCGUGUUUCUAAAGAAGCGGAGUUUAUAUAUCCAUGGGUUGAUAAGGAUGUAUGACUGGGAAUUUGUGGCUUUUGCCCGUUGAUAUAAGAACCCCAGAACUUCUUUCUUUCACAAUUGUAAUGUUGGUUGAUGAAUGCGAGGAUGUAUCUAGCUAGAAAUUAUGAGGUUCAUCCUUGCUUCUCCCCCUCUACUUCAGCUGGUCAAGCUCACUCUUUCAUAUCGAUUGCGUUCUGAAAAUUCCAGUCUACUUGGUAUCAAAACUCUCUAUUUCCAGCCGCCAAUUUUGGUUUACUAGAAAGUAGCGCCACUGAUUUUGAAUUGAUUACACAAAAGUCCAGUCUACUUGGUACUACCUUGAUCAAAAUGACAACAGUUGUUCAAUGGUGAUUGAAUUUGAUCAGCUUUCCCCUCCCCUUAUAUAAAACACAGAUCAUAUAUCCUUCAUCCUCAACAUAUCCCAUUGACUACCAAAAUGAUGGAUCCCAAAGCUCUCCCCGACCUGAUUCUCUUCUCCUUCCUAACCAUCUUCCUCUUCACCUUCC